UCUAAACGCGGAACCAAAUGACGUAGCCUGAGGGACCCAGGGGAUGUAUUUUGGUGUCGUGCCUUAAACGAGCUCUAUGAGUAACAAAAAUGAUUCUGGUCUCAAGGGUACUUUAAUACAUUUCCUUUUCUGUAUUAUUCAAAUAAAUUAUUUCUAUUUCUUCUGUAACGAAUGAGGUGACAGAUCUUCGUCCAGUCUCAUUGUCUUUAAAGCUCCGACAGAAAGGCAGUAAGGAGCUUUUAUAACAACCAGAGAUGUCUGUCAGAGCCUUACAGACGCUCAAGGGGAUCAUAUGGGGACGAUGCUUCUUGAGAGCUGGAUCACAGAGCUGCAGAUGUCAUUUAAGAAGACAUUAUGUCGCUCUACCAGAUGAUAUCAAAUCUCUGCGGGCUGUGCUCAACCCCGACAUUUCCAAGAUCCGAAACAUCGGCAUCAUGGCUCACAUCGACGCAGGAAAGACGACCACAACAGAGAGGAUGUUGUAUUACUCUGGCUAUACGAGGGCAUUAGGAGACGUGGACGACGGGGACACGGUCACGGAUUUCAUGGCUCAAGAGAGGGAACGUGGCAUCACCAUCCAGUCGGCAGCGGUCACGUUUGAUUGGAAAAGCCAUCGCAUCAACCUCAUAGAUACCCCAGGACAUGUUGACUUCACUCUGGAGGUGGAACGGGCGCUUCGCGUUCUUGAUGGGGCUGUUGCCGUGUUUGACUCGUCUGCUGGCGUCGAGGCCCAGACUCUGACCGUUUGGAGGCAAGCAGAGAAGCACCAAAUACCCUGCAUUUGUUUCCUGAAUAAGAUGGACAAACCUACAGCAGACCUAAAUUUCUCAAUGGAGAGCAUAAGACUGAAACUGAGAGCCAGUCCAGUCCUCCUGCAGAUGCCAAUUGGCAGCGGUAAGAACUUCACAGGUGUGGUGGACUUGUUGACCAACCAGAAGCUCAUAUGGAACCUGACAUCGACACGAGACGAUGGACGAACAUUUGAAGCCAAACCUCUCGGCCAAUCCGAAGACCCAGAACUCCUGGAAGCAGCCGGUGAGGCCAGGACGGCACUCGUUGAGCAGGUGGCUGAUCUGGACGAUGAAUUUGCUGAGCUGCUGCUAACGGAUUUUAGUGACAAUUUUGAGGCAGUUCCCGCGAAAAAACUACAGGAAGCUGUGCGGCGCGUGACGCUGGCCCGGAAAGGCGUCCCGGUGCUGUGCGGGAGCUCUCUGAAAAACAAAGGCGUUCAGCCUCUUUUAGACGCCAUCACUGCUUACCUGCCUGCUCCUAAUGAACGGCACCAUGACCUGGUCAGACGGUGGUACAAAGACGACCUGUGCGCCUUGGCCUUCAAGGUUCUCCACGACAAGCAGCGCGGUCCGCUGGUGUUCCUCAGGAUCUACUCUGGAACCCUGAAAGCACAGACGGCCGUCCACAACAUAAACCGGAACAGCACGGAGAGGAUGAGCCGACUGCUGGUGCCGUUCGCCGACCAGCACGUUGAAAUCCCCUCCAUGAGUGCGGGGAACAUCGCCCUGACCGUAGGACUGAAGCAGACGGUCACGGGAGACACCAUCGUUUCCUCCAAGGCGUCCGCGGCCGCCGCUGCUCGUCGAGCGCAGAGCGACGGCGGGACGGGGACAAAGCGUGGAGACCGUUCCGACAUCGGCAUCGUCCUGUCUGGAGUGGAAGUUCCUGAUCCUGUCUUCUUCUGCACCAUAGAGCCCCCCACCAUGGCCAAGCAGGCAGAUCUGGAGAAUGCGCUGAACUGCCUGCAGAGAGAAGACCCCAGCCUGAAAGUCAGAGUUGACCCCGAUUCUGGUCAGACCAUCCUGUGCGGGAUGGGAGAGCUGCACAUCGACAUCGUCCACGACCGAAUCAGACGAGAAUACGGCAUCGAGACUCAUCUCGGGCCGCUGCAGGUGGCCUACAGAGAAACCAUCCUUCAGGAAGCCUCCACUGCAGACACACUGGACCGAACCAUAGGGGACAGAAGGCAUCUCGCGGCGGUCAGUCUGAGCGUCAGACCGGUGGACUUCGCCUCGUGUGAAGUAGCAUUUACAGAAGAACUACGAGUGCAGAUCCAGCCAGAAAUAAAAGAGGCUGUGGAAAACGGAGUGCACAGCUCAUACCUGCAAGGCCCGCUGCUGGGUUACCCCGUCCGGGGCGUCUCCUCUCUGAUCCACAGCGUUUCCGUGGAGCCGGGGACGUCUGCAACCAUGGUGUCGGCCUGCGUGUCCCGUUGCAUGCUCAAGGCCCUGAGGCUGGCAGGGGCACAGGUCCUGGAGCCCGUCAUGUCCCUGGAGGUCACCGUCGGGGAGGAGCACCUCAGCUCGGUGCUGGGGGAUCUGGCCCAAAGACGGGGGACCGUCAGAGAGAUCCAGAGUCGCCAUGACAACAAGGUGCUGCUGGCAACCGUGCCCCUGGCUGAAAUGAUGGGCUAUUCCACGGUCCUGCGAACUGUGACCUCUGGGAACGCCACUUUCUCAAUGGAGCUGAACGCCUACGAAGCCAUGAACCCCCAUGACCAGAGCGCACUUCUUAAAAGAAUCUCCGGUCUGAUGUGAUCACACAUUUUUACAGUUUUCUUCAUAUUUU